AUGAAGUCCAAUUGGUAUGCGGCAAGCCUCCUGCUGGGGGCCGCCCAUGCCCUCAACAUGUCGGAGCUCGAAGCCCUUUACACCGAAGGAACAACCCCUGACACUGCCAAUAUUGGUGGCCUCGAGACAACGGAUCACGAGUGCGACAAAGCCAUUGACGAAUCCACCACCGGCUUCUGGCUCAGUGCCCAAACCAAUACGUCCCAGAGCAUCACUAUCCAGUUAUCAGAUCAACAGAAGAUCGUGAGCGGGCUGACAACCGUACCAAGACAUAAUCGGUCGACAUCUAUGAUUGAGCAACACGAGGUUGCUCUUAGUCUUAAUGGGGAGAACUGGGAUAUUGUCGCGUAUGGGACUUGGUGGCCUGAUACAAGUCAAAAAGUGUCUUCCUUCCAACCGAAGAAGGCCAAGUUCCUCCGUCUAUCAGGACCUGCUCCGAAUGGAAUCUCCAUCGCCGAUAUCCGUUUAUAUGAGACCGAGUUUAUUGAGCCAAACCCCGCCGGUGGAGCCUGGGGUACCACGAUCGAUUUUCCUCUUGUACCUGUCGCCGGUGCCGUUGACCCGGUCUCUGGAAAUUUCGUUGUCUGCUCUGCUUGGGGAUAUAACAUCUUCACUGGUGGCAAAGGUGGAAAGACUCAGACGGCUAUUUGGGAUCCGAAAGCCAACACAGUGACGCGCCGAAGAAUCAACGAAACCCAUCACGAUAUGUUCUGCCCUGGUAUCUCGCUUGAUACAAAUGGCAAAGUGGAGGUCACUGGAGGGGCAGAUGCAGGCCUCUACCACUUUGUUCGCAUGUUUGUUAUCGGUGGAUCAUGGAGCGAAAGUGUUGGCGGUAAGAACGGAGAGGUCUAUGAUACUGAAACCAAUGUAUGGACGAAGCUGGAUGGUGCAAACGUGUCAGCCAUGCUGACAGAUGACGAACGUACCUACCGACAAGACAACCAUGGCUGGCUGUUUUCAUGGACUGGUGGCUCUGUUUUCCAAGCUGGUCCCAGUAAGGAGAUGAACGGGUAUGGCACUUCAGAUACUGGAACCACAGCCCCUGCUGGAACUCGCACAGGGGAUGAAGAUGCAAUGUGUGGAAAUGCAAUCAUGUAUGAUAAGGGAAAGAUCCUAGCCUUUGGCGGCUCGAAGUAUUACGAAACAACCGAAGCCACCAAGUACGCUGCCAUUAUCUCCAUUGAUCAGCCUGAUGAAGCAGCAAAUGUUGUUGCACUUCCCUUUGAUGAGAGUCAGCCUCAGCUGAUCCCCGAGAUGUUUGUGCUCGAUUCUACCAACAAUCAAGGCGGAGAGUGGAUUGAGCAAACAAAGAACAGUGUUAUUCGAGUCUACCACAGCCUAUCACUUUUGCUCCAAGAUGGUACUGUUCUCACAGGGGGUGGCGGCCUUUGUGGAAGUUGUGACUCGAAUCAUUUCGACGGACAGAUCUACACACCAUCAUAUCUGCUGAACGCCGAUGGCAGUGAUUGUGUGCGUCCUGUCAUCCAAUCUGUAUCCCCAAACGCAGUUAAGCCAGGUGACUCUGUCGAGAUUACAACUGAUGGACCCGUUAACAUUCAAGCCUCGAUUAUCCGCUAUGGGUCCGCGACACAUACAGUCAACACUGACCAGCGGCGGAUCUCUGUUCAAUUGAGCUCAACUGGUACUAAUGAUUACUCGUUUGAUAUCCCUUCGGAGCCGGGUAUUGCCCUGCCUGGUUAUUAUAUGCUCUUUGUGCUCAACAAUGAUGGCACGCCCAGGCACUCAGUCAAUAUUCAGGUUACAGUCUGA